UUAUUGGCCAGCUCCGCGGGGCCGCAGUCUAGUGGGGUGCGAAGGCUGUGUCAGACAGCCCGGCUGCCAUGGCGUCCUAUUUCGAUGAGCACGAUUGCGAGCCGUUGGAUUCGGAGCAGGAGGCCCGAACCAAUAUGCUGUUGGAGCUCGCAAGGUCACUUUUCAAUAGGAUGGACUUUGAAGACUUGGGGUUGGUAGUAGAUUGGGAUCACCACCUGCCUCCACCUGCUGCCAAGGCUGUGGUUGAGAACCUUCCCAGGACAGUCAUCAGGGGCUCUCAGGCUGAGCUCAAGUGCCCCGUGUGUCUUUUGGAAUUUGAGGAGGAGGAGACUGCCAUUGAGAUGCCUUGCCAUCACCUCUUCCAUUCCAACUGCAUUCUACCCUGGCUAAGCAAGACAAAUUCCUGUCCCCUGUGCCGCCAUGAGCUGCCGACUGAUGACGACACUUAUGAGGAGCACAGACGAGAUAAGGCUCGCAAGCAGCAGCAAAAGCACCGACUUGAGAACCUCCAUGGAGCCAUGUACACAUGAGGUGCCUGGGGCGGAGCACCUGUCUGCCACAGCAUCUUCCUCUUGCACCUGAAUCCUCAUUAAAGAUUUCUUUACCCA